AUGUUAAAAUUUAGUGGAGAAUUCAAUCACGCUUACAUUAUUACUUAUGAAAGAAAACCAAAGCUCUAUAGAAAACUCACUUAUUUGAAUUUGCUACUCUUUGUUAUAGUCUCUUGGCUUUAAUUAAAUUUCUAACAAUCUUUCUUUAUUACAAUCAUUUACAAUGUUUUAAUUUAUAUAAUUGGUGGAAAUGAAAUCAUAAUUGAGCAAAUGUAAAUUAUUAAAAAUAUUGGUAUUUAAAUCGAAAAAAGAAAACGCAAUGGAAGUACAUCUCGAGAAUUUAUUAAUUAAAAUAUUAUAAGAGAUGUUGUUCUUUAAGAAGGAUUAACUACUUUUACGGUUGAAAUUUAUCUUGCUAUUAUAUGCAAAGGCAUGAAAUAGAUGAUUUUACCAUUUCAAUAUAAUCUAGGAACAGAAUAGCUAAUGUAAAUUUAUUAUCCUUUGAGAUAAAUGAUUAUGUGAUAAAAAAUUAUAG